UCAAUUCAAGAUGGUCGCUUCACAAGGUGAAACACUCGCAAUGUCAUUUAAUUCGCAGAAUACUAACAGAUGAUGACCAGUUUCAGUGAUAUUUAAGUCUAAUAACGAAAUGCCACACAUACAAUCAGUGUUUAAUGGACGCACAGGGACUAGGGAGAACGAUAAUGAUAUAUACAUAGCCCUCGUUGCGCUAGGAAUUUUCAAUUAGGUUCCAAUUAUGUGUUUGCUGUGUUUUUGCUGGUGUUAGCUUGGAACCAGGAAGGAAGAGGAUUAAUACUUGCUUAAAGGUCCUUUUUGUUUAUAGUCACAAUUUUGUCUUUUACAACGGAAUUAUCUUCUACAAGUGGUGAUGCGAGAGUAUCCAAGGUGAAGGUCACUGUUGGGUGGGAUCCCGCUGGCGUCGUGUUCACCACUGGCAUGGUGAUGGCUUCGAGCCAUAGGUACAACAAGCGGACCGAGUCCCUGCCCAGCACGCUGCCUAAUGCUCUCAUGUUUGGCAACGGGCAGAUUAACCACGAGGAAAACCCUAACUACUUGGUCUACAAAAAGAUGGAGAUGAUAGUUGAACGUAUGCAGGAUGAGGCCACGGGCGUGCCGGUUCGCACCGUCAAAAGCUUCAUGUCCAAAGUCCCCAGUGUGUUCACAGGCCAGGAUCUGAUCAUGUGGAUGAUGAAGAACCUUGAUGUGGAGGAUCAAGUUGAGGCUCUACACCUGGCUCAUUUGAUGUCGUCCCAUGGCUACUUUUUCCCAAUAGAUGACCACUACCUUACUGUUAAAUGUGACAACACAUACUAUAGGUUCCAGACUCCAUGUUUUUGGCCGUCAAGAUGUGGCGAACCAGAAAAUACAGACUAUGCUGUGUAUUUAUGCAAGAGGACAAUGCAGAAUAAGCAGAGAUUGGAACUUGCCGAUUACGAGGCGGAAAAUCUCGCCCGACUGCAGAAAAUGUUCUCGCGGAAGUGGGAGUUCAUCUUCAUGCAAGCAGAAGCUCAAGCUAAAGUGGACAAGAAGCGCGACAAACUGGAACGAAAGGUGCUAGACAGCCAGGAACGUGCAUUCUGGGAUGUACACAGACCAGUCCCUGGCUGUGUAAAUACCACUGAAGUUGAUAUAAAGAAAGCUUGUCGCAUGAACAGACAUUCCAAAAUGUCGCGGGUAGGUACCUGGAACAAUUGGAUAAGCCCUAACUACGCAGUUCCUGGUGGAAGAAUAAGUCCGAGCGUGUCGGAGGCCGAUCUUAACCAUCCUGCUGAUACUGUCCGCAAGGACUUCUCACAUGCCAUCGACUUGUUGAAAAAGAAGUUAGAAAAGAGACGAGUAAAGAUAUCAAAAGUUACUGAGAGUUAUGUAGCCUACUACGAGCAGUAUGCUGAGUAUGACGCAUUCUGCACCCCCGCCGACCCAACGAACCCAUGGAUCACAGACAGCACCGAGUUCUGGGAUCAAGAUAAAACUAUGAGUGCUAGAGAUAUCCCGCUGCGACGGGUGAAGCGAUGGGCAUUUUCCGUGGAGGAGCUUCUGAAAGAUCCUGCAGGCAAGGACCAGUUCAGCAAGUUUCUUGACAAGGAGUUCUCCGGUGAAAACCUCAAAUUCUGGCUGGCGUGUCAGGAGUUACGAGGUGUAAAGUUAUCAGAAUUACAUGAACGCGUCCAUGAAAUAUACUCUGAGUUUUUGGCUCCUGGAGCUCACAAUCCCGUCAAUAUAGAUGCUCGGAUAGCUGAACUGGUGCGCAAACGUGUAGAUGACAACCCAAAUAGAUACUGUUUUUCAGAAGCUCAGGACCAUAUAUUCAAAUUAAUGAAAAGUGAUAGUUACAGCAGAUAUAUACGAUCAGACAUGUAUAAAGACUUCCUUAGUGGCACACGGAAGAAAGUAAGACUCCUGUUGCCCUCCAUUGCUAGUAACUUUACUUUCAAACACACGUGAUUCUCAACGCCACUUGGUUCGCACUCUCCGCAACGUUAUUGUGACUCCGCAAGCACUUGUGUGGCUCUUCAAGCAUUUGUUGUUUAUGACUGCCCGCUCUCGUCUUUUGCAAGUCAGUGUGAAACGCAUGUACUUACAACUUACAAGUUAAACUUCAUUGUGACAUAGUUUCCAAUACCAAUUGCUGUGUAGUGUGAGAGUUUUGGGAUAAAGAAUUAAAGAGAAUUUCUUUUGAACCAUUUUCUGAUAAUGAAAUCAUCCUUGUAGCAGGAGAGCAAGGACAUUUAGCCGAAACAAGUUGGAUGUUCAUUGCACAUGUUUGGAAUUCGUGGAGAAACUUGUAAUUUUAAGUACUUGCAACUGAAAACCUGUGAUUGUGCAAGCCAUUGUGACUUUGCAAGCAUUUUGAGCUUGAAAGCACAGCUUGACUGUGCAAACAUUGUUAGUUUUGCAAGCAUAUUGACUUGGCAAGCACAGGCUGCUCUUCAAGUUCACGUGACUUGGAGCUUUUUUGAUAUGUCACUGUGUAUCUUUUUUGAUGACUUAUUUUUCUCUUUUAACAGUGUUUAUAUUAUUUUUAUAGAAAUUUUAUUUAAGCUAGUCUGUUUUUUGAAGGAAAGAGUCAAUGUUUUGUCAUAACCUUGGUGCCGUUGAUGUCAUUGGAGUUGCUGUCAGCGUGCAAAAACGCAAACCUUUUCCAUAACUCAAAUUAUAGAUAUUCAAAAAAUGAUUGGUAAACAUGUUGCAAGGGACAAUACACACAUUUACAGCAAGACCAAUUACUCUGGCUUUAAUAAGUGUCGAGUUAAUUUUGCUCCUUUUUUGACCGAUGACCAACAGACAAGUGUGGGCAUUUUACUCCUCAGCCCUUUUUGUUUAAAAUUCCUAUAAGACGUAAAUGUUAAUUUAUGACUGUGUCAUUCAUUUUACAAAAGCAAUGGACCUUUGAUGUUUGUUCAAGAUCACGUGAUCUAUAUAACAUGUAGCUAGCACCAACUUUCCCUUUUAUUUUAGCACAUUAUUAGCUUCUUAGAGGUGAAUUUCUGCUAUUAAAUGUGUGCCUUUUUGAUUUCACUCAAUGAAUUACUUUAGUUUUGUUAAUAUUAUUGGGAAACUAUGUCUUCUGGUAAAAUUUUAUAUAUUUAUUUCUUUCUUUAAACAUAUGUGUGAACAUAAAUUAAACAGAUUAUGGAUGUGUUAACCAAAAGUAAUUUUUAGAACUUCAGUCUUAAGGAAUUCAAUACCCAAUUUUGUGAAUCCUAGGUGCCUGGUGCCCAUAAAUUAUUUUGGUAUCAAUGGAAAGGUUUUUAUGUGCAGAAUCAGACAUGUCAACCUUUGGCAAUGGCAGAGAGGCAGAUUUAGGUCUCUUAAGGGGUAGAUAGGAAACAUUGUAAACAAAAACUUGAUGUUUGUUAUUAUUUUUAGAUUUUUGGAAAAUACGCAUAAAAUGUGUCAUGGUUCAGAGUCCUGUCAAAUGUCAGUGUUUUUUAUUGAGAAACAGAAGGAAUAUUACCUCCGACUGGUAAAAACUAGUUUAUAUAUAGUAGAGCUACUAAUAAAUCAAAUCAGACUGCUAAAACAGGUCAAAGUGUAAGUGCAGACGACUGCAGAAUUGUAUCUCUGCAUUACAUUAACAUAUAAGUGAUCAGCAAGUAAAACCCUUAUAAACGAUACCAAACUGUCAUAGAUUCACCAGGCGUCAAAAUAUAACACUACGUUAAGGGAACUUACGGUAAACCAGGGAUACCUUUGAACUCUUAUUUUUAUGCUCACAAUCUGAAAUGGAUGAAUAAUGUUACACUAACUUAUGUCAUAACAGCUACAAGUGCUAUUUGCUAAGCUGUGUACAUGUUUAGCUAUCAAUAUUGUUGUCUUUCCAUGUAAGCUAGUGCCAUUUCAAUGUGCAUUCUUACCAUUGGUACUAUUUGAAUUUUGUUGCAUGUUUACUGAUUCUUGAAUGGUCAUGUAUAUUGAGGUUGGAGAUACCGUAAUCAUGUAUUAUAAUUUUGAAUGAAAAAUGUUCAACAAGUUAAGAUCUAUGCCUAAUUUCAUGAAUAUUAAAGCACCCAAAAUUAAAAACAGGUAUAAUAAAUUUAUGGCGUAGCAAUUCAUGGGACUUGAGUUCUUGAACUGAAUGUUGAAUGGAUUUAUUUUUAUGAGCCUGCUUGUGGGGGAAUAAUAUUAUCAUAUACUUAAGAGAAAGAAACAUAUUAACUAUAUUUGACCCAAAAUGACUCCAAAACUGAAGUAUUUAAGUAUGUCAAAACACACCUAUCAACUCAGCUUUUACAUUUCCAAAAAUAAUUGCAAUAAAUAUGAUGAACGAAACAUCAAUUUUAAGAGGCUUAAAAUUUAAUUUGAUACUAGUUUCAAAAAAGAACUUAAGUCCCAUUAAAGACUAAGGAAUUCUAAUAACUUUUUAAUAUAAUGACUUCUUGUUGACUUUCAUGAGUAUAAUUAUUAAUGUAAAAAAGUAAGUGCCAAAGUGAAAAAUGCCAAAAAGAGAUUCAUUAAAAAGUUUGUUAACUUGCAUUCAUGGAUAGCAUAAAUCUUUAUGUUUGGAUGCAAGUUAAUCCAUGUUGUUUCAUAUUUAUGUGUGUCUAAGUUGUUUGCCAGUGAAAUCACAUGUUGACGUGUGUGGAGGAUAAUUGCUGUUAUUUUCUUUCCCACAGAACAAAACUUACAACUUCUCUGUAGUUUAGCAUGUCAGCAUUUUGGCCUCUUUCUAUGGAUUUCUAGCUCAUCUGUUUUUUUCAUAUUGCGAUAGCCUUGGUUUCAUCAUGUGCAAUAACUUUAACCUUGGCCAUUAUUUAAAAAAAUGUUUAACAUAUCCAUAUGAAACUUGGUAGACAUGUUGCCACUGACAAUACACACAUGUAUAGCAUGGCCAAUAACUCUGACUUAUGCCCCUUUUUUCAACCAAUACAAAAAUUGCAUAAACUAAAUUUGGUCAUAAUUAUAAAUGUUCAAAAUAUUCAAAUGAAACUUGGUGGACAUGUUGCCACUGACAAUACACACAGGUAUAACAAGGUUAAUAACCCUGAGUUAUGCCCCUUUUUAAACCAAUACAAAAAUUGCAAAAAACUACAUUUGGCCGUAAAUGUUCAAAAUAAUCAAUUGAAACUAAAACUAAAGUUAAAGAAAUUCAAAUACAAUGUAGUACACAUGUUGCCAGAGAUGAUAUGAACAUGAAUGGCAAGGCCCAUAACUUUGACUUGAAAAAUUGUCCAGUUAUGCCCCUUUUUCAACAAAAUCAACUACAGAUGAGGGUUUGGCAUUUACUUUAGGGCGCUCUUGUUUCAUUUUAUAUUUUUCUGUUAAAUUUUGUCAUUGAAAAUACACAUAAAAUAAUUAUUCUUCUUAAAAAAAUACAGUCAUGCAAAUGUAAACCUUACAAAUAAGGCUAUAGUUAGAUAAUUUUUAAAUAGUUUGAACUAGUGAUGGCUCGUUGAUCAAAUAUUCAAAUAUUCAUCCUGCAUCGCAGUUAAUUUGUAAUGAUCGAUUGUCAUCAAACUUUAUUAAAAUCCCAAAAAGAAGACAAACUCCCAUUUCUACAAUGCAUUUUGACUUAAAACUUUGACUUCAUCAGGUGAAAGCAGCUAAGUAUAAUGGAAAAAAAUGUCAUAACAAUUAUAUAUAUAUAUAUAUAUACACACACAUUAUACAAGUGGGUGCUUUUUAAAAUGUACAAAAUAUAUUUUGAUACUAGUACAUAUUUUAAAGAGAAAUACUUUUUCAUUAUUUCCGAUUUAAUGAUCAAUUUUGGGAGUCUAAUUCGAUUGGAUUAGGUAAUUUGGCCAAUAAUCCAUCACUAGUUCAAUAGAUUUUAAUAGAUUUUUAAUUUAUAACGAAACUUUAAUGUCCAUACAUUACAGAGCAAGAAGCGACUGGUACCUCUAGAACUUAGGAAAAUAACAGCAUUAUGACAUGAUAGGUCCACAGGUCAUACUUCCAACCAGACAAAUGCCAAAUAAUGUUGUACGGGAAAACAUUGUACACCAAGUAAUAAAGAAUUGCUGCAGAUUGUUAACAUUUUGCGAGGGUUUAUUUUUUUCUGAUUUUUUGCACAGCAAAGUUUUUAAUUUACUUCUGAUGUCCAUUGAGUAGAUAAUGGCAGCUUGGCAAAAUUGGCGAAAACCGAAAAUUGUAAAAAAACAUUACCUCAUGAAAUGAAAGCAGUCUACGGUAUGUAAUAUUGACCUAAAUGUUUCAGAUUCAGUAAGCUAAGUGGACAUAUUAAUAAAAAUAGUAGUAAUAAAAGCUUUGCCAUUUGGGGUUUUAUAUUGGUAGUCAUGAAAACUUUGCCGUUCGGGAUCCAAUUAUACAUGUAGGUAGAUUUUGAGCACCGAAAUUCAUUUUUCAUAGGAUUUAUUGUAAAAGUCAAUUAUUUAUAUCCAUUAUAUGACAUGCGAUGUUGACGACAAUUGUUUGAAAAAAUACUGCUGUAUCAUCAAGAUAUUAUUUUACUAGGUUAAUUUUAUAUAAUUACCAUUAUGUGUAGUUUGAUACAAUGAAUAUUCUUCUCUUCAGUUAAUUUAUGAUUGAAAAUACAAUAAUUUUUUCUAACUACAAAUAUUUUAUUUCUUUAAAUCUCUAUUGUUCGACAAACUCUUCACAUGUUUCUCAGUUGUAAACACUCACAUUAUACAUUUUUUGGGAAAUUGUUUGCCGAGUACCAUUUUCAAUAUAAAUUGUGCAAAGUUAAUGCACUAUAAAUUUUUGUCUAGAUUUUUACACUGCAGCUCCAAUUAUUCGCAAUCAUUUAUAGUGCAAUGUUCAUUAUAACGUGAUGCCGUCCUGGUUCCCGAUUUAAAAAAUAGAGAAGCAUUUUGCAUGAUGCUGUGAACAUAAAAAACGUGAAUGACACACAAAUUGCAAUAUAAAAAACAAGUACUGUUGAAAUAUUUGGUACAUUUAUUGCCAUACGGGCCUAUCAGCAUAUAUAAUACGAAGACUGAUAAGCCCAUCUGGCUCUCAAAUGGACAGUGUUUCUAUUUGUUCUCUACCAUUACUUGCUUCCUAAGCAAUAAGAUUAUUCUUUAUAAUUAAAACAUGAUCUUCACUUUAAAUUAUUAUAACUAGGUCUUGGUCGGUAUUCAAAGAACAUCUUAAGUCAUUUCCUAUCUUUAGUCAUUUCCCUUAAGUUUACUGGUCAUAUUAUAUAAUAACUAGAUGAUAUAUAAAAUACUUCAUUGAAAAGUCAUUUUCCUUAGUUAAGUAUUUUACUGGUCAUAUUAUAUAAUAACUAGAUGCUAUAUAAAAUAUUUCAUUUAAAAGUCAUUUUUCUAAGUUCAGUAUUAAAAUGUCUUCUUUAGUUAAGUAUUUUACUAGUCAUAUGAUAUAAUGACUACCUGUAUUAAUCUUACCUAAAAUACUUUAUUUAUAUUAUUUUUAUGUAAUGUAUACAAACUUUUAUGUAAAAAACACUUGUACUUCUCUUUAAAUUUGACUCUGGAAAGUUGAGGGAAAUUGACCUCGACCUCAGUUAAAAAAUGACUUAAGAUGUUCUAUGACUACCAGUCCAGUUUCAUUAAUUUGGUGAAUGGUACAUGUAUGAAUGAAGAGACUGGUUGAUGAUUUGUUGUGUUUUGUAAAUAUUAGGACUUUUCUCAUCUAUUUAUUGAAUAAGUUAUAACUUAUUUAGGAUAAACUAGUGUGUACAUGUAAAUAAAAAAUCAUAUGUAAAUAGUAUUUUAUUAUUAUGAAUUUUAUGUCAUGAACUGUUUUACUAGUUAAAUAUUUUGUGAUUUGACGGGAUAAUUUCAUUCAUAUGAUGAAUAGGCGAUUGUUUGUGGAUAUUUAUGGAGGUCAAAUAGGUUAAGACAGCCUAUACAUCUCAAGUUGACAUUGUAAAUUUUGUUGCUUCACACACACAGCUGUCAAUAAUAUGUCUUAUUAUGUACAUGUAAUUGAUUUCUUGAUUUCUGUCCUUGGUAUUUUUUUUUCUAUUUCCAAAAGAUGCCAUAUUGUAAGUUCUUGACAAAUCUUGUGGGAUGAUUGUUCAGAACUUUGUUAAAGUUAACAGCGCGAUGUUUACUGUUAACUGUUAAACAUGAAGUGUUUGAUGAUGUGCAGACAUAUUUAAAAAUAAACAAGUACAGUUAAACAAUUGUUUCAAAUCUUGUUAGAAAUACAGCAGAUCACAUGUGUUUCCAUUAAACUUCCAGAGCAGUAACAAUUUAAAAUUCAACAGUAGUGACGUUAACAAUGUUGUUAACUUUAACAAAGUUCUGAAAGAUCAGCCAAAUAACAGUUAAAUAUUAUGUUUAAUGGAUAACAAAAGGUACACCAUUGUUCACAAUAUACUUUUAACUCCUAAUUAUCGCAUAUUUUCAAACGUAAGUUGAAAAAAUCCCAAGGUGGUUAGAUUAAUUUUUGUGUUACAUUUUUUGAAUGACCUCACCCACACACAUUUUUCUAUCUUGCAUCCAAAUUUAAGUAGCAUACUCCCGUGCCAUUCUAUAACCCAGAGGUUAAAGCGAAAUUCAAAUCGAUGUUUGCGCUAUAUUUGUUAUUACUACGAUUCGUCUUUCUGAAAGCAGCACACAGCGUUUGGUGCUCGAAUUGCUUGUACUCAAUAAAAUGAAUAUGUAAAAUACAUGUGUUAUGAUACUUGGUUAAAGUGCCAAUUGUUUUACAAUGAUUUUAUUGGGCCCAUUGUUCAGAACUUUCUUGAAGUUAACCACGUUGUUAAUAGCAUCGUUGUUAACUUUAAUAGGUAAAAUAUACAUGUAUUUGCAUAAAACAUGUACAGCUGAAACAGUGGUCUCAAAUCUUGUAAGAAAUACUGUAGAUCACAGGUGUAUCCAUUAAACUUUCAGUGCAGGAACAAUUUUAAAAUUAACAACGUUGCUAACUUUGAUAAAGUUCUGAACAGUCAGCCCAAAAUAAUCUUAUUCUGCUCUAUUUAUCGGAUCAUUGUGUAGAUCUCAGAUGUCUGCUAUGUAUUAGUACCCUGUAGAAGCUUUAUAUAUGUAAGAAUACUUGGUCAAGUAUUUUUCAAACUUGUGCAAUAUUUUUACAAAAUUUACGGAUCAAAACAAUACAGGUAAUACUACCCAAAUGUUGGUCAUUUAGCCUGUGCAAUAGUUUUUUCAUUCGGCCUGUGCAAUAGUUAUUCCGAUUAAUUUAAAUAUAAAAUUUAGUAACCAAAAGCAGUUUACUAUCAUCUCACUAACCAUUUUACAGUGUCACUAGGCAUAAAAAUGAUUAAAAGGGCAACAAAGUCCAAGAGAAAAUUCCUUGGAAAGUAGCUGCUUCCAUAACACAAUCAUGAACAUGUUAAUGUAAAAACUAUAUGUACAUGUAUUGACAAAAUUAUGUACAUGUACAUGUAAGGACAAAAGUAUAUACAUGUAAUGACAAAACUAUGUACAUGUAUGACAAAACUAUGUACAUGUAAUGACAAAACUAUGUACAUGUAAUGACAAAACUAUGUACAUGUAUGACAAAACUAUGUACAUGUAAUGACAAAACUAUAUACAUGUAAUGACAAAACUAUGUACAUGUAUGACAAAACUAUGUACAUGUAAUGACAAAACUAUGUACAUGUAAUGACAAAACUAUGUACAUGUAAUGACAAAACUAUGUACAUGUAUGACAAAACUAUGUACAUGUAAUGACAAAACUAUAUACAUGUAAUGACAAAACUAUGUACAUGUAUGACAAAACUAUGUACAUGUAAUGACAAAACUAUGUACAUGUAAUGACAAAACUAUGUACAUGUAAUGACAGUUGUGUGAUUUUCUUCCAUUGUUCAUGUCAUCAGAUAAUUAUGUAUAAUACUCCAUUUUUGACUGCCAUUGCUAUUUCUUGUAAAACAUUGACAAUAAAUCUUAUUCGUAUGUUUUGUUUGUUGUUU